CCGGAAAUAACGUGACGUAAUUAACACUGGGGGGGAAAUGCAACACGUGGGUAUAGGAGUUCACGGUUAUAUGUUGUUGUAAUUUUGAUUUACGAAUUAUGUCGAAGCGAGCGAAAACUAUCUCCAAGGGAAAUGCAACUUCCGAGGUGGAACAAGGAGAAGAACAGGCUGAGGAUCCGCCAGCGGAGACCAGGCGGACCCGUAGCGGCCGCAGAAUACGGACUCCUGCCGCACUGCUCGAGUCGCAAACCCCGGUGAAGACUCCUAGUAGAAGGACCAGGAGGUCUGUACUCCAAGAGCUGUCCCCCGUGGAAGAACAAAAUACAGUAAAUCUGGAACAGAAGCCCGGGAGCUCGGUAGAGGAGAAGCCCUCUAUGUCUACGGAACCAGAGCCAGCAGAGCCCACAGGGUCAGUAGAGCCAAUGGCGGAUACAGAGAAAGCCAACAGCGGUGUACAGGAUCACCUGUCCAGACCUGCACCAGCAGAAACGGUACCGGCGAGUUCAGAGACCGUUCCAAAGAAGAAACCCCAUCUGGCUCCAAGUGCCAAACAGAUGCCGGUAGUUCCCAUGGGGAAGCCGAAAUCAGGAAGAGUAUGGAAGGACCGCAACAAGCAGAGGUUCUCUUCCCUGGUGAGAGACAAACCACUGUGCACAUCUUGGGAAAAGAAGAUGGAGGCCAAGCGGGAAAAGGAUCUUGUGAAACAGUAUUCUAUGAAGCUAAAAGAGGAAAAAGCACAAAAGAAGGAGGAAAAGAGGAAAAGAAGAGAAGAAAACCUGAAACGACGUGCAGAGAAUGAACGCAAGGCUGAGGUGGUUCAAGUGAUCUGUAACACGGCAAAGAUCAAGAGGAUGAAGAAGAAACUGCUCAGGAAAAUCGAGAAGCGAGACACGCUGGCUCUGGUGCAGAAGUCUCAGAAGCAGAAUGUAAAAGCCAAAAUGCAAAAAAACACCAAGCAAGAUCUUACAUAAAAACUAUCUGACAAUAAAAUCCAUCUAUUCAUUA